CAGGUCCUGCAGUCGGACGUUUCCGGUUGCACCUACCUACGUAGAGAAAAGAGUUCCGGGCCGCGUCUACGCACCACAGUUCCGGGCAGGAACGUUACAAGUCCAGUGUCGCUACGGUACCGCAGCCCUGCAAUGUGCGCGGUGCUCCGCCAACCCAAAUGCGUCAAGUUGCGAGCCCUACAUAGCGCCUGCAAGUUCGGCGUGGCGGCCCGGAGCUGCCAGGAGCUGCUGCGUAAGGGCUGCGUCCGCUUCCAGCUCCCGAUGCCCGGUUCCCGGCUGUGCCUGUACGAAGAUGGCACGGAGGUGACGGACGACUGCUUCCCGGGCCUUCCCAACGACGCUGAGCUCCUAUUGCUCACCGCUGGCGAGACCUGGCAUGGCUAUGUGAGUGACAUCACACGUUUCCUCAGUGUGUUUAAUGAGCCACAUGCCGGCGUCAUCCAGGCUGCACGGCAACUGCUGUCAGAUGAGCAGGCCCCACUGAGGCAAAAGCUGCUGGCCGAUCUUCUGCAUCACGUGAGCCAGAAUAUUACUGCAGAGACCCGGGAGCAGGACCCAUCCUGGUUUGAAGGUUUGGAGUCGAGAUUCAGGAAUAAGUCGGGCUAUCUGAGAUACAGCUGUGAGAGUCGGAUCCGGGGUUACCUAAGAGAGGUGAGCGCUUACACCUCUAUGGUGGAUGAAGCAGCUCAAGAAGAGUACCUGCGAGUCCUUGGCUCCAUGUGCCAGAAGCUCAAAUCGGUGCAGUACAAUGGCAGCUAUUUCGACAGAGGUGCAGAGGCCAGCAGCCGCCUCUGUACUCCAGAAGGAUGGUUCUCCUGCCAGGGCCCCUUUGACCUGGAGAGCUGUCUUUCCAAGCACUCCAUCAACCCCUAUGGCAACAGAGAGAGCCGGAUCCUCUUCAGUACCUGGAACCUGGAUCAUAUAUGAGAGACAUCCCUGGCUCUGACCUCCAGUCUCUUUGGGGGGAGUUAAUGUCCGUGGUCCCCCUCGGAGUACUUCCAGCCUUUUCUGGGUGUUCAGUACACUGUAAGUCCCUUCCUGUCCUCACCACCACUUGGUGUCACUGUGCCUCUGUAUUCUCCUGCCUGAGGUAGGUACCCACUUGGCUGCUUUUGUUUGAUUCCUGGUCCUGGGGAGGCCCAGGCCUCUGUAGCUCUCCACCAGCACAGCUCAUUCUCCCCAGCACAGCUCUCUCUCCCCAGCACAGCUCUCUCUCCCCAGCACAGCUCUCUCUCCCCAGCACAGCUCUCUCUCCCCAGCACAGCUCUCUCUCCCCAGCACAGCUCUCUCUCCCCAGCACAGCUCUCUCUCCCCAGCACAGCUCUCUCUCCCCAGCACAGCUCUCAGGCUGCUUGCUUUCUCUGUUCUUUACUUUUGUCCUGGGCACUAGUUCCCUCCUGACUGUCUGUGUGACAGAUGUUGUUGCUGUAUUUUUGGCACAUUUUUGAUAUCUUGUAUCAUAACCAGAUGGGGUGGCUGUGGUAAGCCCUAGAAGGCCAGGCCCCAGUGUGCACAGAUCCUGCAAUUCCUCCUGCAGAUGCAGGGGCAUCUGCUUGCCCCUGUUGUCUGCAGCUGCCUCUGCCCUGCCCUGCGCUUAGCUGCAGGGGUUGUCUGCUUUUAUUUUCACUUCUAGUUUCUGCUCCUUUGGGCUUUCUCUCUGUUUCCUAGAUUUGCCUCUUGUGUUUUCACGUCUGCUCAAGGCAACAUGUUGUCCAGCUGUUCUGAGGUUGCUAUUUUGAGAUUAAGGUGGCUGCCUUUUCUGGUGUGUCUUUGGCCUGUCUGUCUGUCUGUCAUUUUAUGCUGCUCUGCUCAUCCUUUCUGGGCUCUGGUACCUGUAAGAGGCUGGGACUCUGCAUGUCCACCCUGCUUUCUGUCUCACCUUCCCUGGGCUAGGUUUUUGUUACCUUCACAGCAGGCGUCUCUUGUUAGCACAUUAGUAGCAACAGCACACCACCUUUUGUCUUGUCUAACUGAGACUCUCCUACUCUGGUCCCUUGUUCCAGUUGUCUACACAUAGUGGCUGUUUAGCAUCUAUUCAGUAUUUCAUUGCGUGAAUAAGUGGGUUUGAAUUAAUCUCAUUAGCCAUUUGCUGUACCUCCUGUGUGCCUGGUCUCACUGUAUGUCCUGAGCCCGCCUGUCACCCCUCUCUUCCAGGGCUCUUUUCUCAGCAUUGUCCCACCUGACCUUGAGCUUACACGGUGGUCAUAUCAUCAUGGUCAGUACCUACUUACAUCUCCCACUCCUCUGCUCACUGCCUCCUGCCUCUCCCUGGUCUGCUCUGAGUUGCUAAUGAUUGGUCCUAGCGCUUCGGUAAGGAGGGCCUGAGGGUGAACUCUCUCUUGCCACUUCUACCCUGAGUACUGGAGAGGGGCUGUCUCACACUGAGUGUGGUGUCACUGGCAUCUAGGUGUCCUGUGCACUCCGUGAGGGAGACUCAUCACUGUUUCCUGGCAUCUGCUGUGGACCUGCUGUCAGUCAGCAUUCUGCCUCUGGUGGAGAUUGGCUUGAGUCCCUUAACUGAGAGCAGUGUACAGUACAGACAAACCUUUCCUUUUGGCUCUGCCGUGGCUUGUCUUCCAUGCUGGAGAGUUCUGAUUCUCCUCUGCAGUGUCCUGGAUUCCCGUGGGCAUUCUGGGACCUUCUUGCCACCCACUGUCUUUAUGCUGGCUCUGCUUGCACACUCUGGCUCAGUGCUGCUGUUUUGGGGUAACUUCCUGCUGUGGAUUCAAUUGUGGUUCCUCCCACCCCCCACACACAUUGUAACUGUCACCUAGUGAGACCGUAUCUGGAGAUGGGUCCUUUGAGAGACAGCUAAGGUGAAGUGAGGUCAUAGCAAGCAGAAAAAUCCAGAGCUGUUAAACAUGGAGUUAAACACGGGGGAGGUGGUUUGCCCUCCACUCAUCUGUUCUUGCGACUGUGUUUGGACCUGAAGUUCUCUCUCGUGACCAGUCUUCUCUUCUGGCUGUCAGUGUCUCUGGGGCACAGAGUGGAUCUGUCACCCCUCUCUUCCAGGGCUCUUUUCUCAGCAUUGUCCCACCUGUGGAUUGCCCCAGUUUCAGUGGCUCUGAAGCAACAUGACAUUGUCUUUGCUUGCCACUUCUGUCACAUUGGCCAUACCUACUUGGCUCAUGUGCCUGUGGGAGACACAGGCCUGGGGUCUAUGGGCAGCUGUGUGACAUGGGUACAGGAACAAGCAGGAGUCAGCAGGGACUGACAAGUGCUCGCUCACACAUGAGGCUUGGCUCCGUUGAAUGGCAUGCGAGGGACCCCUCUCAGCUUUCCCCACACUCCUUUCAGUAUGGUAAGCUGCGCCCACUACUCAGGUUUGCAAAGUAAGACAAGCAGCAUUGCUUGCGCUGGAGUCUGUACACCGUGGCCACCCAUGGCCCAUGUCAGGGAUGGGCCAGUGUCAGCAGCCCACGGAACACGGUGCUGGACUCCUCUGGUGACUCAUCCCUAAGUCCUGUCAUUUUCUCAGUUGAGGUGCCCUCUUCCUAGAUGACCCUAGCUUGUCAUAUUGACAAAAACAAAAAAAAAAACCAAAAAAACAAAAGAACAGUCGGGACUGCAGGAGGUUGCCUGCCGUGGUAGACACUGCAUCCACAGACAGCGAGUGUCUGUGGCUCACGGGAGCGUGCACAGCAGCCCGUAGUGUGUGGCACUCACAGUAGAAUGGUUGUCUCCCCCUGACU